UGAGCUUUCCCACACCGCCUCGGGGUCUUUCUCUCCGCCCGUAGGUGGAGCCCUGAGCGAGCCUCGCCUGCCCCGGAACUUCGACUCUCCAGCUCAGCGGGGGAGGUCUCCGGUCUCCGAACCAAGGAGCCAGCCUGUUCCCGAUGCUGCGCGCCCUACCCCGCGCGCUGCGCCUCUCGCGGCCCUGGAGGUCCCCUGGGGCCCGCGACUGCGCCUCCAAAGCGAAGGACGGGACACCCGAGAUCCAAGUGCACGCGCUGACAGGUCCGGACGAAGGAAUCACCGAGGUUCUGAUGAAUAGGCCUCAUGCCCGAAAUGCCCUGGGGAAAGUCUUCGUCAGCGAGCUGCUGGAAGCUCUGGCCCAGCUUCGGGAGGACCAGCAAGUUCGUGUCCUGAUCUUCAGAAGUGCAGUGAAGGGUGUGUUCUGUGCAGGUGCAGACCUGAAGGAGCGAGAGCAGAUGAGUGCCACGGAGGUGGCGAUCUUUGUCCAGCGGCUGCGAGGCCUGAUGAGUGAGAUUGCCACCUUCCCUGCACCCACCAUUGCAGCCAUGGACGGGUUUGCCCUGGGCGGGGGCCUGGAACUUGCCCUGGCCUGUGACCUCCGAAUAGCAGCUUCCUCAGCUGUCAUGGGGCUAAUUGAGACCACUCGAGGACUUCUCCCAGGAGCAGGAGGGACUCAGAGGCUGCCCCGCUGCCUGGGCGUGGCCCUAGCGAAGGAGCUCAUCUUCACAGGCCGGAGACUGAAUGGGAUGCAGGCCCACGAGUUGGGCCUGGUAAAUCACGCUGUGGCUCAGAAUGAGGAGGGUGAUGCUGCCUACCACCGGGCACUGGCACUGGCUCAGGAGAUCCUGCCCCAGGCACCCAUUGCUGUGCGGCUGGGCAAAGUUGCCAUUGACCGAGGAAUGGAGGUGGACAUUGCAUCAGGGAUGGCCAUUGAACACAUGUGUUAUGCCCAGAACAUCCCAACCCAGGACCGACUGGAAGGGAUGGCAGCCUUCAGGGAGAAACGACCCCCAAAAUUUGUUGGCAAGUGACCCAGUUAAUUUAACCACACACCAUAAAGAAUAGGAUCCAGAGGAAAAGUGGGCAGUCUAGCCCUCUUAAGUUCACCUCUGGCCUUUCGACUCCGUGAUUGGCAUGGUGCUGACCAUGCCACACACUGCUACCUCCCACGUUGCUCACCUUGGCUAGUCACUGGGAUCCAGGCCUUCCUGUCUCUCUUCACUCAAAUACACUUUGGGUCUCUGUAAUUAGCCCCAGUCAUCAUGGGAAGCAGUGAGAGGGAAGCCCUCAUUUCUUCCUCUCACAGAAUAAACCCAGGCGAACCAUAUAACCACUAGAACUCAGCUUUUUUUUUUUUAAUCUGAAAAUAAUCAGUUGUGGUAACUUAAAAUCCUUGUGCUCAAUAAAUGUGCUACAACCGUUGGCUUGUA